AUGGACAUCAACAACAUCUUCAAGACCAGCAACAUCAAGAUAAACUACAACGUCAGUCGCUAUCAGAUCAACUGCAUCGACCACAACAGCCACAUCAACAGCGAUGAUCUCUUGAACUCUGACCUCGGAUCAGGGCAGUACCAGAUAUAUUACUUCAUAGUCACAUUCAUAUUUUCAUUCAUCGCAACCGACAGCAUAGCUAUCAAUUUUCUGGCCGGUCGUAUGGAGCCCACGUGCGUCAACUACACCACAAGUGGUAGUAGUAGUGGCAGUGGUGGUUAUAAUGGUGGUUAUAAUCGUGUUCAGAAAUAUGAUUAUGACGUUUCACCGCCACCGGAGCAACACGAACCUCAAGAGCAGCAGCAGGCGCAACUACAACUGCUACAACUACAACAACAUCGACAGCAACAAUGUGAACUGCUGACGGCAAACAGAACGAAAUUAACAUAUGGCCGCAAAACUGUUCUGCUGGCGUCUCACGUUAUGAAGUUGUUCGGCAGUGUCCUCUCCUUGUACUCACCCAACUACACAGCAUUCAACUUUUCCAGGUUCAUCAUCGCGUUUGGAUCCACGGCCACAUAUAUGGCCGCCUUUGUGCUUUUAAUUGAAGUGACCAGCACGAGUUGGCGUAGGUGGAUGGGCAUCCUGUUGAAUGCGGCAGUGGGGGUUGGAGGUUGUCUGUUACCCCUUGUAGCCUACCUCGUCAGAGAUUUCAGAAAUUUGCAAGCCGUCUAUACUUGGCCACAGUUCGUGCUGCUUAUUAGCUUAUUUUUUUUAGACGAAUCACCGAGAUGGUUGAUGAGCAGAGGACGAGUUGAAGCUAGUAUGAAAGUGAUGAAGAAGAUCGCCAUGUUGAAUGGAACUGAUGCCCUCUUUACUGCUACUGCUGCUACAACUGCUGCUACUGUUACUACAACUGCUGCUACUACAACUGUUGCUACUACUGUUGCCACAACUGCUGUCGCCACAACUGCUGCUACUACAGCUACAAAGUAUGUAGUUACCACACCAGCCCAAACAACAACAUCAGGAGAAUCGCUAGAGACAGCCACACAAACAGCAGCUGCCCAACAAACAGCAGCUGCCCAACAAACAGCAGCUGCCCAACAAACAACAACAGAAGCAACAACAUCGACGACGACAACAUUGCUUGAAGUGAAAAUUUUACCAGAAUCGAACUUGCAAAAAUCAACAACAGUCCAGAAAACAACAACAACUACAAGAACGCCAACAAGUCUUUUCAAAGUUAUGUUCUCCAACAAGAUAAUCGCUAAGAAGACUCUCAUACUUUGGUUCGUUUCCGCUCUCAUUUACUACGCCAUCUCUCUGAACACGAGUCGUCUGCCAGGCAACAUCUACGUCAUCACCUUCAUAGUGACCUUCAUUGAAAUCCCCGCGAACGUAAUGACCAUUGGGGUGAUGAGGAAAAUAAGUGGCCGGUCAACCAUCCUCAUCUUCACCAUUGUCGCCGCACUCGCUUCCUUCACCAUGAUCCCAUUCAUGUACCUCCAAAGUUGCAUGUAUGUCGUCAGCGCGUUUGGCAUUCUAGGCAAAGCUAGUAUCACAGCCUCAUACAGCGCACUGUACGUAGAAACAGCCGAGGCCUACCCCACAACGAUCAGGGGAAGAGCCAUGGGGAUUGCCGCCUCCUUUGGAAGGUUCAGUAGUAUGGGGUCCUCUUUUAUCGGCGGUGUCAUGGCGAGUUUAUUUAGUUUGCUCCUAACAGACGUCUGGCGCCCACUUCCGAGUCUCAUCUUCGGAGUGCUGGCCCUUUUGUCAGGUUGUUCCUUCAUCAUCUUUCCAAUGCAGAGUACUGGAGACAUGAAAUCAGACCUGAAGACGGAAAAGUUCAGCAGGGAUGAAGACGUUGUAGAUGUCGAAGAAGAUCUCACCAGAAAAAAACAACAGCAACGCUGAUAGCGAUAGUUGAUAGUUCAAAUUCUACCAUCAUUAACUCAAUCAUUCAUUCACUCGCUCAUUCAAUCAUUUUCUUCAUUUAAUUCAUCCAUUUCUCUCUCUCUCUCUCUCAAUCAUUCACUCAAUUGCACUUAUUUGUAAAACUAGGUUUAUCCACAUAACACAAUAGUAAUGAAAUAAAAUAAUCCAUUAAAACAAUAUUUUAUUUAACUUUGCCUAACUUUUACAAUAUAAACACACACACACACACACACACACACACACACACACACACACACGAUUGUUUUUUUGUGUUCAUUUGUUUGCACAACACCGGGUUUGUCUUACAGCAGUUUAAUUUGCAACUACCAGCAAUUAUUUGUCAUUCACUUUUCAGUUUUAACAUUGUUUCUUCAUUGUUUUGAAUAAUUUAUUAACAUAAUAAAUUUGCGAAAUCC